CUCCCGUUGAGAGUACAUUUACGAAGCAAAGCAAGAUGGCAGAAGUAGCACCCGCUCCAGCCGCCGCUCCGGCGAAACCAGCGGCGAAGAAGAAGGCAGCGACCAAGCCCAGGAAAGCCGGUCCCAGCGUGAGCGAGCUCAUCGUCAAAGCUGUCGCCGCAUCUAAGGAGCGCAGCGGCGUGUCUGCAGCUGCCCUCAAGAAGAACCUGGCUGCCGGAGGCUACGAUGUGGACAAGAACAAGUCCCGCGUCAAGAUCGCCAUCAAGAGUCUGGUGGCGAAGGGGACUCUGGUCCAGACCAAGGGGACCGGAGCAUCCGGCUCCUUCAAGAUGAACAAGAAGGUGGCCGAGCCCAAAGCCAAGAAGCCCGCAGCCAAGAAAGCCGCUCCUAAAGCCAAGAAGCCCGCAGCAAAGAAAGCCGCAGCGGCCAAAAAGCCCAAGACAGCGGCAGCCAAGAAGCCGGCAGCAGCCGCCGCUAAGAAGCCCCUGAAGAAGGCCAAGAAACCCGCAGCGACACCCAAGAAGGCAACCAAGAGCCCCAAGAAGACCAGGAGCCCCAAGAAAGCGGCAGCUAAGAAGCCCGUAGCAGCCAAGAAAGCUCCCGCUAAGAAGACUGUAAAGCCCAAAGCCAAGAAAGUAGCAUCCAAGAAGAAGUGAGCUGACAUCGCUCGGACAAACAAUAAGCCUGUCUGCAAAAGGCUCUUUUAAGAGCCACCCACCUCACCUUAAAGAGCGCAUUCCAUUAUUAUUAUUAUUAUUAUUAUUAUUAUUAUUAUUAUUAUUAUUCCUGUUAUAGCGACAUGUAAAGGUACAGUUAACAAACCCGCUGUACGUUACCGUCAACAGGCCUGUGCAGCGUUUAGGAUCAACUGUAUGAAUACAGUGCCAAUUAAGUGGCUUCACAUAAUAUUUCACUGAGUCUGAAAUGUCACUCAACAGUGAGGAGUGAGGUAUUAAGCUUCACCUCACUCCCCAAUCCCUCAAGGUGAACUUGCCUUGUGCUGCUACUACUUCUAGUUGCCAAUAUAUUUUUCAGAGGCUUUUGUAUAAAUUGUACAUAUGUGCAAGCAAUGUGUGUGUGUGUGUGUGUGUGUGUGUGUGUGUGCUUCUAAAGGAGAGCUAUUGUAAAAAAGACACCAGUAUGAAGGGGCGGGUGCCAUACAUCUUAGUGCCAUUGUUAUUUUUGACUGUAAUGUAUUUUUCCUCAUCAGUUAUGUUUACUUUUGAUGAUCAUUUCACUGCCAGUAACUGAAAACAUAGAGCGACAAUGAGUGUUUGCGUAUUUCACGUUGUUUAUUAUGGUGUGCUGUCAUGAUUGUAUAGUUCACAUAUGACCGUCUUACUCUUGUAUGAUGGGAGCUGCUGCAUGUGAUGGGAUGAAUAAGGUAUUGCAAUAGUGAUACAGUGCAUGGUGUAGUUUGAGCAAUGAUGAACGACUUUAUUCAAAUGCUCAGGUGUCCUUAUUUUGAAGCAAGUGUUUGUGUCAAGGUGAAUGCAGUUUGAAGUGAGAGUUUGGAGUUGAAAGAGGAGUAAAGCAGGGUCAACAAUCGAGUCCAGAUGGAUAUUUUAACCAGUCAUUUCAAUUUAUAUGAACAAGCAUCUGGUGCAAAAUGAAACCAGGACAGAACAGGAGGAGGAGAGACAUAGACAAAAACAUAUUCAACAUAUUCAAAUCAAACAAGACUUCUGACCAUGUGUAACACUGUAAACUUCAUCCUGUCCAAACAUCUUCCCCCAGCUAACAAAAUGAUUCAAUGAACGGGGCAUCAAUAUAAUGUUUACUAUAUAUAUGGGAAAAUGUAUAGUGAGCAAGAAUAACUUUUACUAAAAAUGUGUCUGCUGCCAUCUCCAGAAAUGCUCUCUGGGUUGGAGAUGACUCCAUGUGGAGGACGAGGAGAGGGAGAGCCAGACAUGGUCCUGAUUACAAAUUGUCUGGAGACUUCACCACACAAUAUCAACAUCUAGAGUGAGACUGGUGUGGCUGAUCAAGUAAAUAGAUUUUAUUUUAUUAUUUUUACAAAUGGUUGCUUGUAUAUAUAUAAAAUUAGAACCAAAAGUC